CCCCCCUGCCUGGGCAGAUCUCCCGAUUAUCACUCUGGUCCGAUUGGGGUUUUGUCUUUGGGGUUGAAUGACGACCAAAGCCAUUGAUCUGACCUUUUCUCUCCUUCUGGCGGCUACUCUUUCAUUUUCCUUUCUCUUGUUUAUUCUGGCCUCUCAUUUCAUUCUGUUGUCCAUUGCUUUGUGUUCAUCUCGUCGCUUGCAUGUCACCUGUGGAGGGGAUCAAUCCUCUCCUAGCCACUCGUUCAACAUGUUGUUAUUCUGGGUCUUGUCGUUAUUGGCCUUUCAAGGCGUACUGGCAAAGGCCGAAUCCGAUAGUGAUUUGAUGUCCUUUAUCACGCUGCCGGAAGUCAGGGCCCUGAGAUUCGAUAUUGCCUACUACGAUCGCGCGGCUGUCAGCCCGGGGUAUUGGUUCGUUGCGCCGUAUGGCGUGAUUGACCCAGAAGCACCCACGAAGCAAUGGAAGCCUUGCCAAGUUGGGCCCUACAUAUAUGAUCCAGAUGGUGUUCUCGUCUGGGCCGGAUCAUGCAUGUUCGACAAUCGCAACAUAUUCGACUUCAAAGCCGUGAACAAUAUUAACAACGAGUCUCAUCUUUCGUUUAUCCUUCAGCAUGGGUACGAUUCCGGUGCCGCAGACAAAGGAUAUGGAUACAUCCUUAACCAGCAUUAUGAGCCAGAGAGUGUGGUUGCGGUGACAAACGACCUUGGGACGUUCAAUAUGCAUGAAUUCAACGUUCUCGAUGGCGGAAAGACAGCGCUUGCUUGCGCCUACCGGAACGAAUACGUGGAUCUAGGAGAUCUCGGUCGACCGAACGAAUAUGGAUGGAUAGUUACUGGGGGGCUCGUUGAGCUAGACAUCGGGACAGGCGAGGUCCUGUUUGAGUGGAACUCACUGGGCUACAUCCCUAUCCAUGAGUCGGUGAAGGUGAAUGCCGACUGGGCGGCAUCCAAUGAGCCUGGCUGGGACUACGUGCAUGUCAACGCGGCGGACAAAAACGCGGCUGGGGAUUACCUGUUGUCUGCCCGGUUUACGAGCACGAUUUACUUAAUCUCCGGAGAAGAUGGACGCAUUAUCUGGCGCUUGGGAGGCAAAUAUUCGGAUUUCGUCCAAGAUUUCACUUUCUCCAAGCAACACCAUGCGCGGUUCGUGGAAUCUAACGCCACGCACACGACCAUCUCUUUCCUGAAUAACGCGUCCGAUGAGGCCGAAAAUGAGGAGACCGUUUCGGCCGCGAUGUUCGUGCAGGUUGAUACGACGACCAUGACGGCCCGCCUCGUUGAUCGGUACGACCGGCCGGAUGGCGACCUGACCCGGCUGCGGGGCAGCGUUCAGAGGUUGCCCAAUGGUAAUGUCUUCGUAGGCUGGAGCGAGCGAGGAUACCAGAGCGAGCAUAGCCCCGACGGAAAGGUACUGAUGCAGGCCCAUUUUGCGUCCACGCGCUUCUCCUCUUACCGGUCGUACAAGUUCCCCUUUGAGGGUCGACCAAGCCAACCGCCGGACGUGGUGGCGUCAGUGUAUGGAACAGACGAGACGGAUAUGACAACCAUCUUCCACGUCAGCUGGAACGGUGCAACAGAUAUCGCGUACUGGAACUUCUAUGCGCGUGUUGAUCCCCACGGCCUCCCGGUGCUGAUUGGCAACACCACCAAGUUUGAGUUCGAAACCAUGUAUAUCGCCGAGGGCUACCUGGACUGGGUAUCGGUGGAGGCGGUCGACGUGGCUGGCAACGUUCUGGGUACGUCCGAAAUUCACCGGACGGACACGCCACCAAAUUGGCGUUUGGCCGGAUUACAGGGCGAUGCGAAGCCCACGCCGGACGAUCCAGCCAUUCUAUAUGGAAAGCAAAAGGUGCCAGAGGCGGAUGUGGAAGAGGUGGACGAGGCGUAUGAAAAGGCGCAGGAGGAGGCCAAGGCCGUUGACAAGGCCUACGAGAUCAUUCACGGGGUGGGUGGCCUAUUGAUCGUUAUUCUGGUGGUGGGCUCCGUAGGUGGGCUCCUGGUGGGCAUUUACUGGGUGCUUAACCAGCGUCAUGUGCGAGCAUACUAUGAGGUUCCGAUGGAGGAAAGUCAACGUUUGACAGAAUCGCAUUGAUCCACAUUGCCCGAGGGAAGUUGCAUUUGUGCGAUUGAUAUAUCUAUGGG